AUGGAAGACAAGGUCAUCUCAAAACAGAGCGAUAUUCUCGAUGCUGCUCUCCAAUAUCUCUAUUCCAGCAACGAAUGCUAUACUGGCUCGGGCGGCUCUGUUACGCUGAGUGAGGCCGACACCAGCUUUGCUAAUGUCAUGAGCCUCGGUAGUGUUACGGACUCUACAUUCAAGUCCACCGAUGGUGGUAUCACCUGCAACACCGACAGAAUUACAGUCUCAAGCAUUAACUUCGACUCUUCGUCUGACACUGUGGUUGACUAA